AUGGUUAUCCUUGGCGAUACAGCAAUUCGUACAGCGGCAAUACGAAGUGACAGUGAUUUUGUGGUCUUUCGAACAGUAAAACAUAAACGCAAUGCCGUCGUUAUAACCCGCGAGUUUUCCACACUCGUACUGGUCUGCAAGCCCCCGCCCCCCCCCUUGGCGCAUGGCUUGCCAUUGGGGUCGUCUCGUGCUAUAAUUGUGCCCGACAGUACUGGCAUUGCAGCAGACAUCAUCAUAAUGCCUCAUUGUUCUGCCGUUCUGCGAGCAUGGCGGAUGAUACUGGUAACAUCGGGUCGUUACUCCCAAGUCCCACCGUCGUUUGCAUCAGGAAAACAACAGAUCUCCGUCACGUCCCGCAAAUUCAAUGCUCUCCCUUUCAAGACUUAUUUUCCAGUCGAGCAAACUUGGUAUCAAUCUCAUCAAUCAAGUGACAUCAAUUCGGGUCCCGCAGCCUUCGGGAUUGUCACCAGAGACUACUGCAAGAGGAGGAGCGUCCCAGAGCUAAUACUCGUGCUACAGCCAGACGUGAAUUAUGCCGCAUUGAUAUCAGAGAUGCAGACGCUGCUCGAUACCGAGGUGUUUGUGACCCACAGGCAUUCCCUUUCGAUGCCCGCCUCCGACUGGUGGGCGAGGGUUCUGGGCCUUAUGGCUUUGGAAAGCAAAAAAUGA